AGUAAUACAACUAUUAUUACUUAACCAUUUUUCUCUCUCACUCUUUGAUUGAUUGAUUGAUUGAUUGUUCAUCACAUACUACUACUAUGCUCAUUUUCCAUUCUAUCAUCAUCAAUUUUAGGGUUUGUCAUCUCCCCAAUUUCAAUUCCCAUUUUCGUUGAAUUCAAUUUCUUCCCCUUUUAUAUUCUCCUCCGUUUAAUAUUCUUCAACUUCCGUCCAUAUUCCCCCAAUUUGAAUUAGGGUUUGUUCGUUGAAUUUUAAUGGAGCCUCGUGUUGGUAACAAGUAUCGUCUUGGUCGUAAGAUCGGGAGCGGUUCUUUUGGAGAGAUCUAUCUUGGUACUAAUAUUCAGACUAAUGAAGAAGUGGCAAUUAAGCUUGAAAAUGUUAAGACAAAACAUCCUCAAUUGCUCUAUGAGUCAAAGCUAUACAGGAUUCUGCAGGGGGGAACUGGAGUUAUGAAUGUGAGAUGGUUUGGUGUAGAGGGGGAUUACAAUGUUCUUGUUAUGGAUUUACUUGGGCCUAGUCUUGAAGAUCUAUUUAACUUCUGCAGCAGGAAAUUUUCAUUGAAGACCGUUCUCAUGCUUGCAGAUCAAAUGAUUAAUCGGAUUGAGUUUGUUCACUCAAAAUCCUUCUUGCAUCGUGAUAUAAAGCCAGACAACUUCCUCAUGGGCUUGGGCAGGCGAGCAAAUCAGGUCUACGUUAUUGACUUCGGCUUAGCAAAGAAGUACAGAGAUACAAGUACUCAUCAGCAUAUUCCUUACAGAGACAACAAAAACUUGACGGGAACUGCAAGAUAUGCGAGCAUGAACACUCAUCUAGGAAUAGAACAAAGCAGGAGGGAUGAUUUAGAGUCUCUUGGAUAUGUGCUGAUGUACUUCCUAAGAGGCAGUCUUCCUUGGCAGGGACUAAAGGCUGGGACUAAGAAACAAAAGUAUGAGAAAAUUAGUGAGAAAAAGGUCUCCACAUCGAUUGAGGCCCUAUGUCGUGGUUAUCCGACCGAGUUCGCGUCAUACUUCCAUUACUGCCGCUCAUUACGAUUUGAUGAUAAACCAGACUAUGCGUACCUGAAAAGAAUAUUUCGAGACCUUUUCAUUCGUGAAGGUUUUCAAUUUGAUUACGUGUUUGACUGGACUAUUCUAAAAUAUCAGCAAUCACAGUUAGCAACUCCUCCUGCUCGUAUUGCGGGUGCUGGUACUGGUGCUGGACCUAGUGCAGGAGUACCUGCUCCUCCAAUUGCUAGUGCUGAAAGAAAUUUAGGUGAAGAAGAAGGCCGGGCAGGUGGUUUAUCAACUGGAGAUAGUUCUCGACGGAGAAUAAUGUCGGGACCACUUAUGAAUUCUGGAAGUCUAUUGAAGCAAAAGAGUCCACUUGCAACUGAUCCAACAGUUAGUAGCAAAGAUCCUAUGUUGUCAAGCUCAAAUCUGACGGGGCGGUCCAGUGGUUUGUUAAAGCGAGGUGCUAUUCCCAGUAGCCGCGAAGCAGUUACAGGUGGGAAUGACUCUGAUCCUUCCCGUUCUCGUACAGCAGAGGCAAGCCCAGGAACAGUGCAGAGGUUUUCAAGUGGCCAAAGAAGUUCACCAGUUGAACCCUCAGAUGCAAAGCAGCAGCAAUCCUCUGGUAGGAUUACCAGCAUUAAAAACUAUGAGUCCACACUCAAAGGCAUAGAGAGUCUGCAUUUUGAUGAUGAAAGAGUUCAUUAAAUAAUAUUAACUCUCACCUCACACCACAUUUAUGUAAUGAUGAUAAUAAAAUUGAUAUAAUUGUGUGAUUACACUAGUGAUGGAUCCCUGUAGUUUUUGGAGUUUUAAGUGACUGAGCAUUGCUGAAGGAAGUAUUGCAGACUCGGAGUUGGAACCAUUCACAUCCAGAGUGGAAGCGAAGAGCAGUUAGCACUCUUAUGCUGUGAAAGCGAGGUAACGUUUCUUAUAUACAGGCUCUUCUCUAUUUGUGUGUACAUCUGUGCCUAUUUGCUGACAGAUUCACUCGUACCCUUUCUGGGAUUUGCCGGUGGUACAUGAUUGUAAAACUGUUACACUUUAUUAAUGUUUCAUAUUGCAGAUUACAUAAUGGGGUUUACA